GAAAAACGAUAAAGCGCAGCUGGGAAUUGCAGAACAAUAUAUCAUAUAUUAAUGUAAAAUUAAAUGGUUUUAAUUAUUCCCAAGAUGGAAAUAAUCAUUAACCGAAUGAGUGGAAAUAAUUACACCGCAAUAAUUGAGAUUUGUGGAGUUUUAUCGAUGUAACAUUUAAAAAAAUCUCCCAAUAAUAAUCAUAUAAUCAAGUGGAGA